AUGAGACGUCCCAAUCUGGGUGAAGGAGGCCCCAGGGAUUAUGUCGCCAGCGGGUACAGUGUUCACGAGGAGGAGAAUAAACAUCUGCAGGAGGGACUGGGAGCCAAAGUCAACGCGCUGAAAAGUCUGUCUAUCAACCUCGGAACGGAAGUCAAAUACCAGAAUAAAAUGCUUGACGAGAUGGACUCAGACUUUGACUCAACCGGGGGCCUGCUCGGUGCAACCAUCAGAAGAGUGAAGCAGCUGUCCAGACGCAGUCAGACCAAGCCGCUGUGCUACAUUCUGCUCUUCUGCUUCUUUGUUUUCUUCGUCCUGUACUCCCUCAUCAAGCUGAGGUGA